AUGGAGGCUCCCAAGUCUCUCAUCCUCCUCUUCUUCCUCCUAUUCGCUUUCUACUUCCUCUCCACGUCCAUCGCUGACGAUGGAGCGGCAAUGCUCGCGUUGGCUAAAUCGUUUAGUCAUCCGCCAACAGACUGGUCAGCAACUACCUCGUCUAACAACUACUGCCGAUGGACUGACAUAAGCUGCAUCUCUGGCCGCGUUUCCAUUGUGAAUCUUGAGAAACAUGGUUUAGUCGGGUUUGUUUCUCCGACCAUUGCAAAUCUCACUUCUCUGAAGAGUAUCUACCUUAAUGACAACAAGUUAACCGGCAUUAUACCUAAGGAGUUGACAUUUAUGACUAGUCUACGGUUCAUCGAUGUCUCCAACAACAACCUCACCGGGAAAAUACCAAAAUUCCCGGCUUCGGUUAAGUUUAUUUACAAACCUGGUAACUCUUUGAUGGGAACUAUUGCCGGAGAUUCUUCGACAAAACAUGGAACCGGUGGUAGUUGGAGUGUUUUAAUGGCUUGUGUGAUCACUUUCGCAAUCACGAUUUUUCUGGUCUUUUUAGGAUGGGUGGCUCGAAAAGUCGUUCUGAAAAUGAGGAAUAGGGCGAGCGAUGCUGUCUCUGAUGUUGGUGGAUCUUCCAAUGGACAUGGAGCAGAUAACGUCAAUGCCUGUACUGAUGAAAAUCGUAGGGAUCCUUUGGUUCUUGAUGGUGGAAUCGUUUCUUAUUCAGUGGAGGCUCUUCGUGAGGCUACAAAUGGUUUCAGUGAGGAUAACAUAUUGGGAAGCGGUGGUUUUGGUGUUGUGUAUUCAGGAAAGUUACAAGAUGAAACAAAAGUUGCGGUCAAGAAGAUGAACCUUUCAUCAAUGGAUGACACAGACACGUGA